AUGUAUUACGUCUAUAAAACACAUUUCACCAGAAUUUGCAGCGAAUGCGAUUCGGACCUGUUGACGGCUAUCGUACUGUUUAACCCGAAUCGACCGAAUCUUAUUCAUAGAAAUGUGAUCAAACUCGAGCAAAACAUUUACAUAUAUUUGUUGCAACGAUAUCUUCACUACAAAUACGAUACAGAAUAUGAGGCUAAAUGCAAAUGUGAGCGCCUUUUGGAUACAUUGCAAGACAUCACGAUUUUAGGUGAUAUGCAAAUGAAAGACACUUCACAGGAAAAUGCCGACGAUUUUGGACCACUUAGUCGUGAGAAUUUUCUCAAGAUAUAA